UUCGUGCGUGAUAGCAUUGAGGUCCGAGCUCGAGAGCAUCUUCGGCAGUCGCAAGGAAACUCUAUCCGAUCGGCAGCAUGGACAUUCGACCCGAGCCCGCGGACACCAACUCCGACAUCUUCGACUCGUCCCUCAACCUAGAAGACGCUCACUUCAAGGAAGGCUACGACGACGGCCAUAGCCACGGCGUCGCCGCCGGCGGGGAGGAGGGACGUCAGGUGGGCCUCAAGACCGGCUUCGAGACGGGCGAGGAGCUCGGGUUCUACCGCGGCUGCGUCGGAGUCUGGAACUCGGCCAUCCGGGUCGAUCCGACCCGGUACUCGACCCGGGUCCAGAAGAGCGUGAGGACGAUGGAAGUGCUGCUGGAUGAGUACCCGAUGAUGGAGCCGGAGGACGAGCGCGUCCAGGAGAUGAUGGGGGAUUUGAGGUUGAAGUUUAGGGCCAUAUGCGCGAGCCUGGGGGUAAAAUUGGAAUACAGAGGGUAUUUAAAGGGUGUGGAUAAAAAGGAUGUGGAGUUUGAAGUAUUGGAGGCACUUGCACUGUUUAUGUUUGAAGAAAAGCCAGUGAAGACUCUUAAUGUUUACUACAGCACUCUUCUCCAGCAAAGGCAAGUGAAGCUGCCAAAGAUGUUAAAAAUGAUGCUUGCCUGCUGCAAGGUAUACAUCUCCGAAAGCCGAAACAGAUCUGCACUUGAGACGAUUGAACAAGCUGCUAAACUAUUCCCAGAAGCAGCAGUGCUCAACAAGUUUGAAGAUGAAAUCUACAAUAGAGUCGGCUACACAGUUGUGUCUAGAUUGGCUCAUAAGUCCCCCUCAGAUUCAUGUCCAUUGAGAAGUGCUGUAUUAGCAAUGGUCGAGGCCGCAUUUGAUGCGAUUGACCUUGAGUCGCAUAGUGGAAGUCAUCCUAGGCUUGGGGUUGUUGACCAUAUCUGCUUUCAUCCCUUGGGUCAGACUUCUCUGAACCAAGUGGCCGCCAUUGCAAGGACCUUGGCAGUUGGCAUUGGCUCUGGUCUGCAAGUACCUGCAUUUCUGUAUGGAGCGGCCCAUGAAGAUGGAAGGACACUUGAUUCAAUCAGAAGAGAGUUGGGGUAUUUCAAGCCUAAUGCAAGUGGAAACCUGUGGAUAGGCGGCCCAAAUUCACAGUUCUUGCCCCUGAAGCCAGACAAAGGUCCACCUCUAGCAGCCCAAGGAAAGGGAGUCAUUGUGAUCGGAGCGACGCGAUGGGUAGAUAACUACAAUGUCCCUGUCUAUUCUAGUGAUAUAGCCACUAUCCGAAGAAUCGCAAAACGAGUAAGUGGAAGAGGAGGCGGACUUCCUUCAGUCCAAGCCAUGGCACUCAGUCAUGGUGAUGGUAUCAUUGAAGUAGCAUGUAAUUUGUUGGAUCCGAGUAAAGUUGGAGCAACCAGUGUUCAGCUUGAAGUUGAGCGACUCGCAAGGGAGGAGGGUUUGUCCGUAGGGAAGGGGUAUUUCACCGACUUUUCACAGGAGGAUAUAAUCAAAAGAUACAUGAGUCUGGACUCCCCUCCAUAAGCAAAAACUCUCAUAUUCGUGUAUCUCGACCUCUGUUGGAUAUAUUGCUCGUGCACUAGAGGUCUUUCUUCUAUGAUCUGGAAGCUUCCCAUUGGAAAACUGAGGUUCACUAUGUGGCAAAGCAAACUUUUGCUAGUGAUUGAUGGUUGAUUUAUAGAUGGUUUAUGGUAGAUUCAUGUAGUCAAGUUCUCGUUGACAUAUCUCACGACUUGUGGAAGAAUAAUGUAUGCUUUAGCAAUAUCGAGAUCAUGCUGCUUUCAUCCGCCGCUUUCUCAAGUUGAUCUGCUACAAAGCUUAAUAGAAAGAAGUGCAGAAAAUUCUCUUUGGACUG